GUUUCGGCGUAUUUUUUUUCUGAGAGACACAGCGGCUGACGGCGCCAUAUUGAAAGAGGAGAUUUGUUCCAUAAAACGCGGAAAACGUCGAAUUUACCGUCAUGCUGUACCUGGAGGAUUACCUCGAAAUGAUCGAGCAGCUACCCAUGGAUCUCCGCGACAGGUUUACGGAAAUGAGGGAAAUGGACCUGCAGGUUCAGAAUGCCACAGAUCAGCUGGAGCAGAAAGUCAUCGAGUUCUUCGUCAAUGCAAAGAAGAACAAACCCGAGUGGAGAGAAGAACAAAUGGAGGUUAUUAAAAAGGAUUAUUACAAAGCCCUGGAAGAUGCUGAUGAGAAAGUCCAGCUGGCCAAUCAGAUUUAUGAUCUGGUGGAUCGUCACCUGCGUAAACUAGACCAGGAACUUGCCAAGUUUAAGAUGGAGCUGGAGGCUGACAACGCCGGCAUCACCGAGAUCCUGGAGAGGCGGUCUUUAGAGAUGGACAGUCCAUCUCAGCCCGUCAACAACCAUCACGUCCACUCUCACACCACGGCUGAGAAGAGGAAGUACAGCGCUCCCACUCACCACACUACAGAACACGUUCCAGAGAAAAAGUUCAAAUCCGAAGCUCUGCUGUCCACGCUCACAUCGGACGCGUCCAAGGAGAACACGCCAGGCUGCCGUACGAACAGCACGUCCUCGUCCACCAACAACGUGUACAGUGUGAACUCCUCUCAGCCUCUGGCCUCCUACAACCUGAGCUCUCUACCUGCAGGGGCCGGGGCCGGAGCCGGGGCCAUCACCAUGGCCGCCGCUCAGGCCGUACAGGCCACGGCACAGAUGAAGGAGGGCAGGAGGACGUCCAGUCUGAAAGCCAGCUACGAGGCCAUCAAGAACAACGACUUCCAGCUGGGCAGAGAGUUCUCUCUGUCCCGGGACAACACAGGAUACUCCUCCUCUGCUCUGGCCUCCACCCUCACCCAGACACUUACCCCCACCACCGCCUCCGACUCCAGGGGGCGCAAGUCCAAAAGCAGCAUCAAGUCUUCCAAUCAUCAGUCCUCUUCUUCGUCCUCCUCCUCCUCACUGUCAUCGUGCUCUUCGUCGUCUGCGCUGGCUCAGGAGCUUUCCCAGCAGGCCUCAGCGCUACCUGAGGCUGAGGCCAACAGCCAGGUGGACUGGACCUACGACCCCAACGAGCCCCGAUACUGCAUCUGUAACCAGGUUUCUUAUGGAGAAAUGGUCGGCUGUGACAACACAGAUUGUCCGAUCGAGUGGUUCCACUACGGCUGCGUCGGUCUGACGGAGGCUCCAAAGGGGAAGUGGUAUUGUCCUCAGUGUACGGCCGCCAUGAAGAGGAGAGGCAGCCGCCACAAAUAGACUGUCGCCGUCCGUCCGCCAUAUUGGAUUUUAACCUCCAGAUCGUCCUCGCAACACACAACGGCCGACACACUGAAGAAAGGCAGGGGUCAGAGGUCAGCAGGCUGCACACACAGAAAUGGAUUAAAGCCACGUGAAGGAAAAUGACUUGAGUUCUGACAUUAAAAUCAAAAGGCUGAAAAUAAAAUCACCUCAUAACUCAAACAUUUUGGCUUCAGAUGUGUCUUUAUUAAAUUUAAAGUUUAUAUUUAAAAAUUGCCUGAAUAUUUGAGAUUAAUCUCAGAGCUCAGAUAUUUUUCCAUCGUUCUCCACACACUCACACUGCCCCACAGACUCCAGGAGCCGAGGUUUUCAGCAGCAUCUUUCAGAUCACAGAACACUAAAACUAAAAGUCCAGACUCUGCACUGAAAACCAGGAAUUCAAGAAACUCGAUGUUGUGUUGAAUCUGAUGAAAACUCUGUCUUCGAUCCAGAUUAUCAGACGAACAAGUGCCACCUGAGGUUUCCGUACGAUUUAAGGUCGGAGUUUGAUCUGAACUCACUGUGGAAAUCCUACAGAUCAGACAGAGACACAGUCUGUGGAACCCAGAACUAAAACAGGACCAAACCAUGUCAGAUGUUCAGGAUUAUUGUUUUUUUAAUGGGUGUUCGUUACAUCAGAUCACUGAUGUGGACCACACGCAGAGCUCACCUGGUCAGGCCAGAGGUCAGAGGUCAACCUGUCCAGGUCAGGUUUUGGAUUUAAAUAUAGAGUCUGACUGGAGGAGGAGGACAGCUCCCUUCACCCUGCUGUCCAGAAAACUGGGACAGAAAGUCCAGAGCAGAAACAGGCUCAGCUCUGAGGUUUGUCCGGGAAACGUUAGAGUUAAUGAAGAAUUCUGAGUCUCGUGGCAUUUUCUUUUUUUUUUAAGUCUUUUUGUGAUUAUUUUUUCACUGAAAUCCAACUUAAAGCUCAGAAUUAGGCUUUGAUAGAAUAAAGUCUGGCUGAUUAAAGUUUGAUCAGUGUUUGGAGUUUUACUCAGAAUUCUGACUUAAAUCUCAAAAUUUAGACUUAAAUAAUCCUAAGUUUGAUCAUAUUUAGUCAUUGAAAGAACAAAAGUCAGUUUUUUUCCUAAAUCCUAAAAUUCUUUUUUAAUUUUUUCUUUAACACUUUCCUCUGACUCGUGUGUCAGACCUUGAUCGUCCUAUUUUAUCUGAAUUCGUUUUUUUCUCAGAUUUUAAAAGUUGAAAUUCAGACCAAUGCUGAUUUAAAGUGUUUUGAUUGGUUAUCACAGUGUCAGGUGUUUAAAGUUCCAACAGAAACUCAGUGUCUCGCUUCAUUUGAAAACUUUGUCUUGUGAUUGUGAAACGUCCAGAUUUCAGCACGUCAGAUUUUUCUCUCAUUAACUCCUCUGACCCAUAAUCCUCAGAUUUAUCUCAGAGCUGAUUUUUAUCCUGUGGUUGUUCUGAUCUGACAAAAAGAACGGGACGAGCUGUGGGACUACAGGAGCCUGGGAGACACUGUCCCCGUGACGACGACAAAAAUGAACAGAUGGAGCCGAGUUCUCCUGAAACAUGUUCCCAGAAUCUACAGUCACAGCAGAACUCUGUGUGUGUGUGUGUGUGUGUGUGUGUUUCAGUCAUUCUGCACUGACCGUGUGUUUGUUUCCAGGAUGUUUAAAAGUCCAAUAAAAUGGUGGAGGUGUU